AUGCCUGCAUCAAGGAUGAGAGUUGACCCAGCGACUGGAUUAAGCACAGCGAAGCGUACAUGGAUACCAAGACUGUAUUGUGCACUCAAGACACAGCACUCAGGGAUUGAUUUCUGCUGCUCAGGCAACUGCAUAGUGAUAAACAGAACGCAAUUCAUCGAGUAUCUCAAAGAUAUCCAGCCAGUAAACAGCAAGAGCGGACAAACAAGCGAUAGGUGGGACGCGUGGCAGAGGAGUGCAGCCAACUACUCGCUUAAGACAGAAUCAGAGUGUACAUGCAACCCCAAUAAUCCAAUCAGAAGUUUUAGUGAUCUGUUCGUAUACAGCCACCCAGAUAUUAGGAGAGGAUACCUGCCACACCCUUCGCUUAUCCACAAGAAAGUGCCCAAGAAGCAACAGCAACAGCAGCAGCAAUUACAGCGUGGUGCUUCCACAGAGAGAAAGAAGAGAUCUUACUCAGAGGCAGAUACUAAGACUGCUUUUACCCGCACACACCUUCCAAAGAGCGUUAGUGCGGUGGAGCACAGUCGCCGAAAGAGCACUGGUGUGAUCACACAGCAGCAACAACAACAACAACAACAACAACAGAAACAACAACAGCAAGAUCAACAGCAACAUCAAUUUCACCCACAAUACUACGGAUAUCCAACACCAAACUACUCACAAUACUCCUCACCGAUCGAAUUCGAAGCGCUACUCCCUGCACCACAGCAGCAGCAGUUCGACGAUUGGCUUGUGAGCGAUUUGAGUAUGGGGAUUGAUGGCUCAUUACUCAACGAUUACAAUUUGGGCGGUGUUGUAGAGAACUCAAUGGAGAAUUCAAAUGGGAUUGCUCACAACUCAGCUUCAAACUCACUCGGAUUAUUGCCAACCAACAUGCAAAUGCCCGCUAACAUGGGUAUGUCUUCAAGCAUCGAAAUGGGACCUCACAGCGGAAGCUUGACGCCUUUGUCUGACCCGGUCACGCCAACAAUGACACCUACGAUGACGCCAUCAUCCAACUACAUGGCGUCACUGUCACCUACGACUACAUCACCAUACAAGGCGAGCGAUGGCACAAUGCAAGCUGCAAACGCGAUGCAACAGCUGCUCUACGACGAUGGAUACGUCUACCCCAAGAGCGAGCCUCAAUUCAAUUACAAUGUAUACUAUUGA